AUGAUCGGAGCGGACGCGACUGCUGUCGGUGGCGUUAUGGCUCUUAAUGCAGACGAGGCUCACACGGAGUAUUUUCGCGUAGGUAUUGAUGUUGGAGGCACAAACACGGACGCGGCGUUGGUAGGGUUCCCAGCAGACGCGGCCAGGAACGAGGGCAUCAAGCCUUACGUGGUAGCAAAAUCCAAGGCGGAAACAUCGGCGGACAUCACGACCGGCAUCUGCGAGGCGCUGGAAGCGGUGUUCGACAAGACAAGUGUGUCUCGCUCGAGGAUCUUGUCCGUGAAUAUCGGGACCACCCACUUCAUCAACGCCAUCGUCCAAGCGGACAGGACGAAAAUCAACCGCGUGGCUGUCUUGCGGUUAUGCGGCCCGUUCUGCCGUGAAGUCGAGCCAUUUGCUGGUUUCCCACCGAGGUUGAAGGACGCGGUCUGCGGGUAUUGGGCAUACCUCAACGGAGGAUUGGAGAGCAAGAGACCCAACCCCUUACAAAGACUCGACGGACGGAUCAUCACGGAGGUUGAUGAAGAAGAGGUUCUUCGGCACACCCAAACCAUCAAGGACGCCGGCAUCGUCUCGGUCGCUGUCGUGGGCGUCUUUUCUCCCGUCGACACCGCUCCGGUGACUCAGGAACAAAGAGUCAGGGACCUCAUCCUGAAGCAAUAUCCGGGCUGCCACGUCGUCUGCUCGCGUGACAUUGGAGCUGUUGGGCUUGUGGAGAGGGAAAAUGCCUCAAUCUUGAAUGCGGCAAUCCUCGAUCUGAGCCAGAAGACCAUCACCGGGUUCGAACGAGCCAUGAUCCGAUCGAAGCUUGACUGCAGACUGUACUUGACUCAAAACGAUGGGACGGUGAUGAGUGCGAGCGCCGCGCGGCUGUCGCCCAUCAGGACAUUCUCCUCUGGUGCCACCAACUCCCUCAUCGGAGGUAUCUUCUUGACAGGGAUCCAGAACCCGGACUCAAUGAUCGAUUUGAAGAGCUCCCAGGUGAUACUGGUGGAUGUUGGGGGUACGACCUCGGACUUCGCGGCACUGUCCCCCACGGGCUUUCCCAGGGAGGCGCCUUCGAUUGUCGAAAUCGGAGGCGUUCGAACCGCCUUUCGCAUGCCGCAGGUCUACAGUAUGGGCCUGGGAGGUGGAUCCCGUGUGCAGGAAGUCGACGGCGAGGUGUCGGUAGGCCCUAUAUCGGUGGGAUACAAACUGGCCACGGAGAGCCGCUGCUUUGGAGGAGACGUCUUGACUGCCACCGACAUUGCCGUUGCAAGAAAUCAAGUCGGCUCGAUUGUCCCCAAGUGGAACGGCACCCCUCCUGAUCGACGUGUCGUUGAAAGGGCGUCUCGCCGGAUCAAGAAGCUCCUGCAACGGGGCGUCGAUGCGAUGAAGACUUCCGAUCUUGACGUGGUUCUUCUCCUCGUCGGAGGCGGCUCGAUCAUCCAGAUGGACGACCUGGAGGGGGUUUCGAAAUGCCUGCGCCCGGCCUAUUACGAUGUAGCAAAUGCAGUCGGUGCAGCGAUUGCGAAGGUAUCCGGCGAAUUGGACACCGUCCAAAUCCCUAACGGCCGAACACAUCAGGAAAUCCAGAGAGAGCUCUCUGGGAAAGCAAUUGAGCUGGCGGUACAGAAUGGGGCACAGCCUGGCACCGUCAAGAUCGUUGACGUGGAGUUUAUCCCACUGCAGUAUAUGAAAAAUGAGGCCGUGAGAGUGAUCAUCAAAGCGAUUGGCGAACUUGGGACUUCCAGGCCCUCUCAAGAACAUUCCAUCUUAUCCCCAGACUUGUCUCAGGUUGAGGUCAACGGAAUAGUACAGAGUCAGAAAGAUCAGACCCAUCCUGAACAACCCGCCAUAAGCAGUGGCACCGACAUUGACGUGUCCAGCUACGUCCCUGCAGUAUCAAAGGAGAAAGGGGAAUGGUACCUGUCAGAGACCGAUCUCGAAUUCAUUGCUGAUGGCUGUGGUGUGCUCGGGACAGGUGGAGGCGGCCCAACGUAUUCAGGUCUUAUGCAUUCGAAACAAGCCGUGCGAACGUCCCCAGCGAACAGAAUGCGUGUCAUUGAGGCCGCUUCGGUGAGGGACGAAGAUCCGGUGGCGACGGUUGCAUAUAUUGGUGCCCCGACAGUGUUCAAUGAACGCCUUUGCGGCGACAGUGAUCUGUACAACGCCGUGUCAGGGUUGGCAGCUCACUUGGGUGUCCCCAAGCUUCGCGGCAUCAUUCCAGGCGAAAUUGGCGGAUCCAAUGGCAUGAGGGCGUUUGCGGCGGCGGCGCAAUUGGAUAUUCCAGUCAUCGAUGCCGAUACCAUGGCCAGAGCGUUUCCGCGGAUAGAUCUCGAGCUUCCCGCCGUCUUCGGUGCAACCAAACCAUAUCCAGCGGUGAUGGCGGACGCGCGAGGGAACAUCCAGGUCAUCGCAUCGGCCGAUAACCAGAGGAGGCUGGAAAACCUGGCGCGGGCGAUCUGCAUCGAGUUCGGCAAUAUGACUGGCUUCAGUCGCUCGAUCGGGGGCGAAGUGACGAGAAAAUACUGUCCUCACAACACCAUCUCCCAGACCUGGUACAUCGGUCGAGCCAUCCACAUUGCGCGCCAGAGGAAGGAGAGUGUCAUCGGUGCGGUGCUUGACGUCCUUCCCGGUGCCGUUUUACUAUACCAUGGCAAGGUUGGGAACGUCACCAAUUCGACGCGAGGGGGCUGGUCGUUUGGAACGACGAUUCUCAACCCAGAUCACGACGAUGACGACGACGACGAGUAUGCACAAGAAGCGCUGCACCGGAGUCAUCGGCCCAUGCUCCUCGAGUUCCAGAACGAGUAUCUCCACGCCGCCCUGGUGUCCGCUUCAGCGUCGCAGAGACCUGAAACCGUCUGCUCUUCGCCCGACAUGAUCACCGUCUUGGAACGACCCAGCGGCGUCCCGCUCGCGACCAAUGAACUCCGGUUUGGCCUUCGUGUCGCUGUGGUUGCCUACCCAUGUCACGAGCUCUGGAAGACUCCCGAGGGAAUCAAGGCUGCCUGCCCCGCGGCAUUUGGGAUUGACACCAAGUACACGCCUCUGCCAACGCAAUGGACGAGACCAAGGUCGGUCAUUGAAGAGUAUGCUCGAUGA